AUGAACGAUACUGUUAUUGAGAAUUUUUUCGAUAAAACAAGAGACGAACAAAUUGGAAUUUACGUCAAAGCUCUUGAACUUGUUGGAUACACCCAACGUUUACCAACUGUUAUAAAUAUUGGCGCCAAAAAAGCAGGAACGACAGCGUUAGGUCUCUUACUCCGGGCGCAUCCACAGGUUGCAUCUUCACAAAAAGGCGAAGUUCAUUACUUUGAUUGGAACUACGAAAAAGGAAUUGAGUUCUAUCGUUCAAGAUUUCAGUUUUCGACAGAAUCACAGGAAGUAUUUGAGAAAACACCGCGAUAUUUCAUCACAGACGAUGUGCCACGUCGUAUCAGAGAAGACGUCUCACCGGACGUGAAAAUUAUUCUGAAUGUGAGGGACCCUGUUGAGCGAGCGGUGUCGGACUAUCAUCAUGAAAUGUGGCUGCUUGCAUCAAAGGGAAAAUCGAAGGGACCACCAAUUAAGGCGACCUUUCAGGACACUGUACUGAAGAAAAAUGGCGACGUGAACGACGAAUCUGAACUCAUCCAUAUUGGUAAAUAUGCCAUGCAUCUAAAAAGAUGGUUGAAAUACUUCCCGAUGAAUCAAAUCCUUGUUAUUGAUGGAAUCGAGAUUUCUAAAGACCCACUAAAACAAAUGAGAAUAAUUGAAAAGUUCCUGGACAUUAAACCAUAUUUCAAAAAAGAACCUUUCAUUUAUAUUAAAGACAAGUCACGUUUACUGUUUGGCAAAAUCUAA